AUGCGGAGGCCUUGGAGUUACACUGGUCCUUUCCAGGAGCAGGAUGUUGUGGAGAGCUUCAAAUGGAGACCAGGCAUGCCCUUUGGAGCUGCCACAUCCUAUGUACAUCUAGAGAAGCUAUGUGAAGGAUCCUGUGCAACUGUGUACAAAGGGAUCAGCAGGAUCACCGGGCAGUUGGUGGUGCUGAAAGUGAUCCGGCUGGAGGCAGCGGAGGGAAUGCCCUUUACAGCCAUUCGGGAAGCUUCUCUUCUCAAGCAUUUAAAACAUGCCAAUGUCGUACUGCUUCAUGACAUUAUCCAGUCCAAGGAGACACUAACAUUUGUCUUUGAGUACAUGCACACAGACCUAGCAGAGUACAUGGGCCAGCAUCCUGGAGGACUUCAUUCAUGCAAUGUUAUGCUUUUCAUGUUCCAGCUUUUGCGUGGCCUGGCUUACAUCCACCAACAACACAUUCUUCACCGUGAUCUGAAACCCCAGAACUUGCUCAUCAGUUGCCUUGGUGAGCUCAAAUUAGCAGACUUCGGCCUUGCUCGUGCCAAGUCCAUCCCCAGACAGACAUACUCCUCUGAAGUGGCAGCACUCUGGUACCGUCCUCCUGAUGUGUUACUUGGAGCUACAGAUUAUUCUUCUGAUCUAGAUAUCUGGAGUGCAGGCUGUAUAUUUGUUGAAAUGAUCCAGGGGCAGCCAAUAUUUGAAGGAACUUCUGGGACUCAUGAACAGCUGCUGAAGAUCUGGGAGGUAUUGGGGGUCCCAGCUGAGGACACCUGGCCAGGACUUUCCAAGCUCCCCAACUAUAACCCAGAGUGGGGAACAUUACGACAUCUGAAAGAUUUUGGCCAGCUCUGUGAAGGGCUGGGCAGGGUACCAGCAGCGGAGGAUUUGGCCUCCAAGAUGCUUACAGCCUUCCCCCGAGGCCGGAUCUCUGCUCAAGAUGCACUUCUUCACAGCUUCUUCAGCCCCCUACCUCCUCAACUCUAUCAGGUUCCUGCUGGACAAUCAGUGCUCACAGUUCCAGGAGUGAGACUGCAACCUGAAAUCUGUGACCUCUUUGUUUCUUACCGAAAAAGCCAUCUCUCACAAGGUUCAAGCAAGUUUUGGUAG